AUGUCAUCUGUAGCUGCAUUUGAAGGACGACGUGGACAAACAGGUUACGCAGCGUCACAAGGAGCUAUUGCAGAAAUGACUCGACCAUUAGCAGAAGAAUUAGCACUGAUGAAUAUUCGUGUAUGUGCUAUUAUUCCUGGUGCUUUCGAUACACCUUUAUUGCGUAGAUUACGUAUAAAAGUUCCUAAUACACAGGGAAAUUUUCCACUCUUUCCUGCUCGACUUGGUGACCCAGCUGAAUUCGCACAACUUGUUCAAAUAAUUGUAGAAAACCCUUUAUUGAAUAGUAUUAAUAUUCGACUUGAUGCUCUUCUUCAUAUGCCACCUUAG